GGGGUUUUUGAUUAAAAUUCUUGGUCGUUCAUUGUCUCCCUCUCAUAAAGCUUUUGUGCCUGACCUUGACAGAGAGGCAUAGUGACAAAUUUAUAGUGUGUCCAAGGCAAAGAGCCAUUGAUAUUCUCCUAUCGAGCUUAAGCGAGUAUGGUUGUGGAAGAGAAAGAUGGUCAGGCUCAGGCCCAAGAAGAGACCACCAAUUUGGUUGUUCCAUGGAUGAGAGCUCCCGUCGAUGUCAGCCAUGUCGAUAGCUGCUCACUCGAAACCCUCCCUUCCCUUCAUCCCAGGUUGAAGGAGGCGUUGGAGAAGAUGGGUAUAUCUUCACUCUUUCCAGUGCAGGUUGCAGUUUGGCAUGAGACAAUAGGGCCUGGCGGUUUCGAAAGAGACGUCUGUGUUAACUCUCCUACAGGAAGUGGAAAGACUCUCUCUUACGCUUUACCAAUUGUUCAGACUCUUUCGUCUCGUGCUGUUAGAUGCCUCCGUGCUUUAGUUGUCUUGCCCACUCGUGAUUUGGCCUUGCAGGUUAAGGGAGUUUUUGAUGCCAUAGCACCAUCUGUGGGGUUAUCCGUUGGUUCAGCUGUUGGUCAAUCUUCGAUAGCUGGUGACAUAGCACAGCUCAUCAAAACACCUAAACUUGAUGCAGGGAUAUGCUAUGAUCCUGAGGAUAUAUCACAGAACCUUGAAAGUAGUGCUGUGGACAUAUUAGUAGCUACACCAGGAAGGUUGAUGGACCAUAUCAACAACACAAAGGGCUUUACUCUUGAGCAUUUGCGUUACCUUGUUGUUGAUGAAACCGAUAGAUUGCUUAGAGAGUCAUAUCAAGAGUGGCUCCCAACUGUUCUGAAACUGACUCAGGCAUCUGACGAUGGCCCGUUUCCUUCAUCAUCACCUUUUGUUCCUUCCUCUUUUGGUUCUCUGCUGACUAUCCGUAGACAAAGUGUGGAGAGAGGUUUCAAGGGAAAACCAUACCCAAGGCUAGCAAAGUUGGCGUUGUCAGCUACAUUGACACAGGACCCAAGCAAGCUUAUUCAGCUUGACCUGCAUCACCCUUUAUUCAUGACAACCGGGGCCACCCGUUACAGACUACCCGAGAAGUUGGAAUGUCUUAGACUGAUUUGUGAAACCGGGGUGAAGCCUGUAUACUUAGUUGGUCUCUUGAAAUCACUGGAAGGUGAAAAGUGUAUCGUUUUCACAUCUUCUGUUGAGACAACUCGUCGUCUAUGCAAGCUACUCAACUUUUUCGGUGAUUCAAUGAUAAAAGCAAAAGAGUAUUCAGGUGGUCUUAACCAAGCAGUUCGGAGCAAAGAAUUAAAGGCUUUUAGAAAAGGAGAUAUUCAAGUUCUUAUUUCAUCUGAUGCUUUGGCUCGUGGUAUGGAUGUUGAAUUGGUAACAAAUGUCAUUAAUUAUGACAUGCCUCAAUAUCCAAAGACCUUCAUCCAUCGUGCUGGACGGACAGCUAGAGCAGGUCGUGCCGGGCGGUGCUUCACAUUGCUAGGUGAUCAUGAGGUGAGACGAUUUUCAAAUCUCUUGAAGAAAGUUGGGAAUGCUUCAUGCCCAAUCUAUCCAAUCCCACCCGAUUUGUUUGGUCCUGUCCGUGCCAUUUACGAACCUGCUCUGGCGAAGCUGAAGGAGUCGGUUGAACCAAUAGCACCGAAAAGAGGAAGACAAGUAGGUUUUAAGCACAAUUCAAAAACCACAAACUCCCAAACAAAACGCAACAAAGCGACAUCGGGACAAGCAUAGUUUGGUCUUGGUGUAGCGGACGGGUCAAAUACACCUCAAUUCUUCAUAAAUUUAAGAAUGAUUGAUGCUUUCGUCCAAUUUUGGUGGCUUUUUUCAACUGCGCUUCGUAUAUUUUUCAAUACUCGAGAGGAUAUGUUGCUCAGUUUAUUUUUUCCAGUCAACGAAAAUCACUAUUAACAGAUUCUGACAAGGGAAAUUUGGUUUAAUAUCAAUUUAUUAUCAAAAAAAAAAAAAAAAA